AUCCAAGUAGUCGGGUCUUUUAACUUCAUAAUAUACAAAGAAAAACUUUAAACAUUUGCAGUCAGCAUAAAUAAUAACCAAACAACUGUUUUACGUAAGCUAUGGAUAGCAAAUCAAAAGUAACCAAUGAUGGUCCGGAAGGCACAGAGGUACCCUACAGCCAGACAUCGAAGAGCUUGCUGGCAGAAAAACUGGGUAAAAAUCUACUAGGCGAUAAUGUACAAAUAAUUAUCGGGGAAACGAUUCUUCGUUGCAAUCAAACGGUGCUGGUUGCCUAUUGCGAAUUUUUCGCGAAGACUCUCAUGAUAGGCGAUACAGUUAGGCUGUCAAUAUCGCUGUCACCCAGCACGUUCGAGUUGGCCUACACUUGGAUGAUUAACAAGGAUCCCCUGUGCCCAAGCGAUGAAAUAGUCCCCUUGCUGGUCGCCGGGCUGAUCCUGGGCUGCCCCCGACUUUCAAAAGGCAUCCUAGAAGCCUUUAACGAUCUGCAUAGCUUCUCGGCGAAGGAAGCCUACUGCUGCUACCGCGAGGCCAUGGAGAUGGACGUUGCUGGCCUGGCCCAACUGUUGCUGCCGCGUGUUAGCCAAUCUUUUCUGGUUCUAGUAGCCUCUUCGGUGUUCCGGAAACUCGAUGCGAAGCAUGUGUACGAGUUGUUAAGCUCCAACCAUCUGGCCGUGCAAUCCGAGAUCGAGGUUUUCUAUGCAGCCAUCAUUUGGCUCUAUGAUGACUACCCGAAUCGGAAGAAACACAUCAAGUAUUUGCUCAGAGCGAUUAGGUUCAAUCUGUUGCCGUGUUACCUAGUUCUCCACUGGGGGGAGAAUCUGGAAGAGCUUAACUAUGAGCUGGCACAAGAGGUGCGUGCUUGCCUAACAGAGACAAUGCUAUUCCAAAUCGAAGUUUACGCGGGGGCCGAUCUCGAUUUGCCCCUGCCACGCAUUUGGAUAACAGAUCCCAUUUGUCCGUACCACAAGGACAUGGAACUCGAUGAAUACAUUCGCCUAAGUCUGAAAGAUUUCCUCUGUUUCCUCAAAUUACUUCAGACUUCGGAAUCAACAUUUCUAAGUCGCAUACAGAUAUUACCGCCUAAGAAGUCGCCUGUGAAGAAAAUACUGCUCAAAAAGCCCUCGAAAAAGUAACCACCAGAUCAUCUACUGUACCCGUUUUUGGAAUUUUAAAACUACUGCACUCGAUCCUAGGAAACGUCACACCUCCCAAAAUGAAUCAUUUACCUGGAAUGCCUGCUUAUAACCA